AUGUCGCAUCGUUGCGAGGAUGAACCAAUCCACAUCCCUGGUGCAAUUCAAAGCUUUGGUCUGUUAGUUGCGCUGGAGCACAACAAAGACGCUGGGGCUCUUCCAGUCCGUAUGGUUAGCGAGAACUCGAGAGAAAUCAUCGCGAAAUCUCCGCAGCAACUAUUUGCAUUAACGAGCUUUACGAACCUGUUUUCCGGCGACCAAGCAGAUAUCAUCGUUGAUCAUGUUGAUCUUAUUAAGAAUGAGAAUGACAAUGUGGAGCUUGAGGCCAACGGGCCCGAGGUGUUUUCACUCGAUAUCGACGUUGCUCAAGGAUGUUCAAGACGCUUGUGGUGCGCCAUGCACAAAAGUCAUGCCAAUCCAGAUCUCAUUAUAUGCGAAUUCGAAGUCGAAGGCGAUGACCUCUACCCUCUUGUUCCUUCGCAAAGGCCCACGCACGACGAUCUGCCAGACCAUGGUGGCAUUGCCUGCCAAUCCCCGAAAGAGGCGGACAAGUGCAAGAAUAUGUCUGACAGUAGUGCGGGAAGAGUCAAAGAGUCUAGUAUGCAUGUGCUGGACGUCAUGACACAGGCGCAAGAGCGGUUGGCAGCAGCAACAAACCUCCCGGUGCUGUGCAACGCGCUUGCUAGCAUAGUAAAAGACUUGACCAGCUUCGACCGAGUCAUGGUCUACCAAUUUGACGCUUUGUUCAAUGGCCACGUUAUUGCUGAGCUUGGCACCCCUCCUACUGGUCAAUCUCAUUUUCAGGGCUUGAAAUUCCCCGCAUCCGACAUCCCGAAACAAGCGAGGGAGCUAUACGGGAAGAACAAAGUGCAAGUGCUCUACGAUCGCAAAAUGCAAAUAGUCAAAAUAGUGUGCCGGGAUACUAAAGAUUUGGAAACGCCCCUUGAUCUCACCUACUCUCAUUUUCGCGCCAUGUCGCCUAUGCACUUGCUCUAUCUCAGAAACAUGGCUGUGCGUUCGUCAAUGUCAAUAUCAAUCAACGGCGCUAUUGACUUGUGGGGAUUGAUAAUCUGCCACUCGUACGAGCCUCGAGCAACACGAAUAUCGUUCCCCAGUCGCAAGCUGUGUCGCUUCAUCGGUGAAGAGGCGUCAAGGAACAUUGAAAACUUGCACGUACAGUCUCGUCUGCAUGCCUGGAGCGUUAUCAAUAAAAGGUCAAUGGAGCUCGAGAUGGAGAAAUGUGAAGUCCCCCCAUCACGGAUACUCUUGGAUCUGUUCAAGGCCACUUCUGGACUUUUCUGGAUCGCAAAGCGGACUAAACUAUUUGGUUACGUAGAACGACCUCAAGAGGCGCUCGCUAUCUCGGAAUACUUCAAGAUACACAAAAAAGCUUCAGUAACAGCGUCUGUCGAUAUAGCGCACGACUUUCCACAGUUCCGGUACCCUCCAGGCUUUUACAGCAUCGUUGGGAUACUUGUUGUCCCGCUCUCCGAAGAGGGCAGCGAUUUUGUCAUCUUCUUCCGGGACGCUCGAUCGCAGGAGGUCUUGUGGGCUGGCAAUCCCCACAAGGAGUCUGUCCAUAAGGAUACACCGGGUCCAUUGCAACCGCGGAGCAGUUUCGAGCCAUGGUCCGAGACGGUGACUCAUACAUGCGACAUGUGGUCCAAGGAGGACAUUGAAGUUGCAAAGAUGCUGUGCCUUGUGUCUGAGCAGCUCUUCCAACUCUGGAAUGGGACGAAUGAACCAAAACCAAACGUCCAUACGACCCAGCGUGAUAGCCAGUUGACACAGCUGUUAUUGUCCAACACGUCACACGAACUUCGUACACCGCUCAAUGCUGUCAUCAACUAUCUGGAAGUGGCAAAGGAGGAUAUGCUCGACCCAGAGGCUCAGGAAAUCGUGGCCAAGUCUUGCUUUGCCUGCCAAUCCUUCAUUAGAACGAUUGCUGAAUUGUUUGUCCCUAACGAGGGGUGA